CGAUUACAUAACCACGCGUCUCUCUGAGAGGACGCCAAUACUAAUUGCGAAUUAUCAAUAAUUAAUACCAAUGAAUAAAUUAAUGCUUUCAAAUAAACACAAUUUCUUUUUAUGCCACUAACUCAUGUAUAUAGAUGUAUGCGAUUUCUUUAAAAUUAUAGCGUCUACCUGGACUUUCGAGCCUUGGAAAGCAUCAGACGGCUUUGUGCUGCCAACACACACCAACCAGUCAGUGUAGGUUCAGACGCUCCUAUAGCUCUACAAAUCGAUAGCUUUGCGCUUGGGGUAUUUGGAGAAAAAAGGAAAAUUGGGUCGCGCGAUAAUUGCCCGUAUCUCUAGCGUUAAGUGGUGCUGUUAUCUUACUACAGCAUUAGCAAGAGGAGAGAUAACCCACUCUGUACGGAUUAAUUUACUUUAAGCAGCCCUGUUACAGGCAACAAUUUUUUUUUUCAGUGGAUCGACAUUGGCUGCAGGGACGUUGUCCACCCACUGGAGACACACCAGAUAGGACCUACUAUGGCGCUUCAAGGCUGGCCGCUGAAAUGACCACUCCCAACAAUCUGCCGCCCAGGGUUUUGUCUGUUGAGCGCGCUGGCUACUACUAACCAAUCAAUUGAUGCCAGAGCGAGUUUACACGGUCUCAGCUCUUAAUUGAAGAUGCGCUGGCAGAAAAACCCCGUGUCUAGACAGCAUCAGCAGUCUCACUCAGCGAACAGGGAGACCGUCAGCCAAAGUGUCGCUGUGGCGUGUAAUCGGACACGCUGGAACAACAGCGGCGACAGGGCGCUAGAAAACGAAACCCCGUCCCUACAACUCCGGGGCUGCGAGCUGCUGGACUCCGGGGCUGCCGGGCGGGCAAUUCUUUUUUUUCUCUUCUUCCCGCUCGGCGCUACUGUGGCGCUGGUCUUCCGCCGUAGCUUGGGUGCCUCAGGCGGGCGUCCGGCGGUAGCUGCGGUGAUGAUGACGCUGGCUGCAUCGGCCAUCAGCUAAGCUUUGACGGGGGACCGAAAAAGAUCCACUGUGGUCGGCCGAGGGUCAAUGGAAGCACGCGUUUCUUGCACUAAGAGGCGCUGUGAUCGACCCGGCGCAGUAAUUUUUUUCUGGCCAUUUUGCUCCCUUUUGUAGAGACGGGGCGUUUGGUGGAGUGGAAGGGGGAAUUUAGUGGUGCAUUGACGCUGUAACAGCCUGAUGAGUUAGCGGAUGAUGUAGUGUUCCAGGCGGCUGGUUGUAGGGGGGGUUUAGGUACUAAGUUACCAGGUGUCAGUGAGCGCAAGGCCAAGGAAAUGUUGCGGUGUUUUUUUUCUGCCACCCCCCUACACACCUCCCCGUAGUGCCCAACAACAGGCUGUGCGCUGAACGUAUUUUGUUCUCUUUUGUGCAGUCUCAUCUUUUUUUCCCUUUUCCCCCCUCCAUCCCCGUUAUACCCCGAAGUCUGGAAUUCUUCGUCUUCAGUCCUUUUCUCCAUUCUAACUUAAUCCAAAUAUACACUGUACUUGGUUUUUGCUAGAUACAAUGGCCUCUGUCACCCGUCUCAGCAACUCUGCCUUCAAGGCCUCUUUUCGCGCCUCUGCCUUCAGCAAGACUGUUGGCUACAACUCGCUGCGAUGCUACUCCGCCAAGACCCAGACCCUCAAGGAGCGCUUCGCCGAGCUCCUCCCCGAGAAGAUUGAGCAGAUCAAGGCUCUUCGCAAGGAGCACGGAUCCAAGGUUGUUGACAAGGUCACUCUUGACCAGGUCUACGGUGGUGCCCGUGGCAUCAAGGCUCUUGUCUGGGAGGGUUCCGUCCUCGACUCUGAGGAGGGUAUCCGUUUCCGUGGCAAGACCAUCCCCGAGUGCCAGGAGCUUCUCCCCAAGGCCCCCGGCGGCAAGGAGCCUCUUCCCGAGGGUCUCUUCUGGCUUCUCCUGACCGGCGAGGUUCCCACCGAGCAGCAGGUUCGCGACCUCUCUGCUGAGUGGGCUGCCCGCUCCGACAUCCCCAAGUUCGUCGAGGAGCUUAUUGACCACUGCCCUACCGACCUCCACCCUAUGGCCCAGUUCUCCCUGGCCGUCACUGCUCUCGAGCACACCUCUUCCUUCUCCAAGGCCUACGCCAAGGGUAUCAACAAGAAGGAGUACUGGAGCUACACCUUUGAGGACUCCAUGGACCUCAUUGCCAAGCUGCCCAACAUUGCUUCCCGCAUCUACCAGAACGUCUUCAAGGGCGGAAAGGUCGCUGCUAUCCAGAAGGACAAGGAUUACUCCUUCAACUUUGCCAACCAGCUCGGCUUCGGCAGCAACAAGGACUUUGUUGAGUUGAUGCGUCUCUACCUCACCAUUCACACUGACCACGAGGGUGGCAACGUCUCUGCCCACACCACUCACCUUGUCGGCAGUGCUCUCAGCUCUCCUUUCCUCUCCCUCGCCGCCGGUCUCAACGGUCUUGCUGGCCCUCUCCACGGCCUUGCUAACCAGGAGGUUCUCAACUGGCUCACGGAGAUGAAGAAGGUCAUCGGCGAUGACCUCAGCGAUGCCAACAUCACCAAGUACCUCUGGGACACCCUCAACGGCGGCCGUGUCGUUCCCGGCUACGGCCACGCUGUGCUCCGCAAGACCGACCCCCGCUACAUGGCUCAGCGCGAGUUUGCUCUCUCCCACAUGCCUGAGGACCCCAUGUUCAAGCUCGUCAGCCAGGUCUACAAGAUUGCCCCUGGUGUCCUGACCGAGCACGGCAAGACCAAGAACCCCUUCCCCAACGUCGAUGCCCAUUCUGGUGUCCUUCUCCAGCACUACGGCUUGACUGAGGCCAGCUACUACACUGUCCUCUUUGGUGUCUCCCGCGCCAUCGGUGUUCUUCCUCAGCUCAUCAUUGACCGCGCCGUCGGCUCCCCCAUUGAGCGCCCUAAGUCUUUCUCUACUGAGAAGUGGAUUGAGCUUUGCAACAAGCUGUAAAGAAAGGGACAGUGACGACCAUCGAUUUGCGACAAUGACGAUACCAUUUGCUUAAAGCACAGCGGUGCUUUUGCUUUUUUAAUAGUCCCAAGUCCAAUUCGCGCCAUGUUCAACGAACUUUGUACGACUACAGCUUGGAUUUCCGACGAGGAUAUAGAAAAAAGAGACGAGAAGAUUUAGAAGGAGUAAAAUGGGCUAGAAGGGGGAGAAGCAGCUAGAUUUUCCUGUUGUUUCCCCUCGAGCUAGCCACUGUACUGCUAGCGCUGGCGUUUGCUUUGACUGUGAAAGACCAUGGACAUGGCUGAUACCUCGCCAGCCGAGUGGUAGAGCUAUUUUGUACAAUUAUACUAGAAACAAUGGAUUCUUUGUUUUUCC